CUUGAACUGCCCGGCCUGCCGCCGCCCCGGCGGGCUGCUGGCUGCCUCGCGGGCUCCCUACCUCUCCUCGCCCGCCGCGUCCGCCGCGUCCCCGAUCCACGGCCUCCGCGGGCCCCUGCCGGGCGAGCGCACGGGGGGCAGGCUGGCCGGGCCUGCGGUGGCUCUGCGGGGCGGAGCGCACGGGGCCCCGCGCGGCUGAGGAUCCCGCCCGGGAGCCGCGAUGCUGGGCCGCUCGGCACCCCGAGCUGCGGCCCGCAGCGCAGCCUCGGCCCUGCGGACCCUGCCGCCGGCCCCUCCCCUGGAGGACCAGGAAAACCAGGAGAACGUCAGCCCCGGGAAGCCGGCGCCCGCCCCGCAACCGCGGGGCCAGGCCGCGCCUGCGGGGCUCCGAGCGGGUCCCCCCGCACGGGCGGCGGCGCCCAGGCCCAAGACGCGACGGGCUGCACCCCUAAAGGACCUUCCGGUAAACGAUGAGCCCGUCAGCAAUCUGCCGCCUUGGAAGGAAAUCAGCAAGCAGCCCUCCUUCACCAUCCAUGUGGACGAAGCCCCCGAGGAGCCUCAGAAGCAGCCGCCCCAGCCCAAAGCCACCGAGCGUGAGGAUGUGCUGGCUUUCAAUACGGCCAUGGCUUUGUCUGACACACGAAAACCGUUGGUGCCUCUUGAUUUUCCCAUGGAUGGUAGUUUUGAGUCCCCGCACGCCAUGGACAUGUCCAUUGUGCUGGAAGAUGAGAAGCCGCCGAGUGUGAAUGAAGUGCCGGAGUACCAUGCCGACAUCCACGCAUACCUGCGGGAGAUGGAGGUCAAGUGCAAGCCCAAAGCGGGCUACAUGAAGAAGCAGCCCGACAUCACCAACAGCAUGCGGGCCAUCCUGGUGGACUGGCUGGUGGAGGUGGGGGAGGAGUACAAGCUGCAGAACGAGACGCUGCACCUGGCCGUCAACUACAUCGACCGCUUCCUGUCCGCCAUGUCCGUGCUCAGAGGGAAGCUCCAGCUCGUGGGCACGGCUGCCAUGCUGCUCGCCUCAAAGUUUGAAGAAAUAUACCCCCCCGAGGUGGGAGAGUUUGUGUACAUUACAGACGAUACCUAUUCCAAGAAACAGGUCCUGCGCAUGGAGCACCUGGUCCUCAAGGUCCUUGCUUUCGACCUGGCUGCCCCGACGGUAAACCAGUUUCUCACACAGUACUUCCUGCACCUGCAGCCCGCGAACAGCAAGGUCGAAAGCCUGGCCAUGUUUUUGGGAGAAUUGUGUCUGAUAGAUGCUGACCCGUACUUGAAGUACCUGCCAUCAAUGAUCGCGGGGGCCGCCUUCCACUUAGCACUCUACACCCUCACGGGGCAGAGCUGGCCUGAGUCCCUGGUGAGGAAGACGGGCUACACCCUGGAGAGCCUGCGGCCGUGCCUCCUGGACCUGCACCAGACCUACCUCCGCGCGCCGCAGCACGCGCAGCAGUCCAUCCGCGAGAAGUACCGCAGCGCCAAGUACCAUGGAGUCUCUCUCCUCAACCCGCCAGAGACGCUGAGUCUGUAACUGAAGGACAGGAGGACCACCCACCCUGCCGGCCUCCCCGUGCCAAUCAUUCUGAGCGCGCGUGUGUGUGGUGUACAGUUUUCAUCCUGGGUUUUUAUUUCACAAUCAUUUCUGAACAUAAGUUUUGGCCAAGGACAAAUUAUGGUAUCUAUCUUUUUUAAUGGUUUUAAUUUGUAUAUCUUUUUGUACAUGGGUCUACCUUAGACAAUUAGCUAAUUUUAAGUGGUUUUAGUAAAAUAUUGAUGCCAGCUGUCAAUAGAAGAAUAAAUUGAUUUGGAAGUAGUCAAGGUUACCAUCACUCAGCUUAGGUUUAUUGUAAACAGUAGGAAGAGCUCUGUGCUCUCUGGAAAGCUGACAUUCUUUAUUCUAAGCAACGGGGCUGAUUUGCUGCCCUGCGCACAGUCUAAGCUCAACAUGGGAAAGCACGCCUGGCCUCGGCCCUGGUCUAAGUCUCCUCGCUGUCUCUUCACUCUUUCCGCUCUUUGCAUGUAGUGUGGCAGCUUAUUAAAUAACUUAUUCAGAUGAGAGGCUUUUGUGAGUUAGACCAGGUUCUCUAGAAAUGUUCAUCUGAAACCAUGUUAAGAAAAAACUUGCUAGGUUUCCUAGAGGAGUUUUGAAUACAAAAUACCCAAGAUUGUUAGCAUGGGAUAAAUAUCCUUUUAAUAGUUAUAUAUAUAUAUAUAUAUACAUACAUUAAAUCAUGUUAACUCUAAUUAGCAGCUCUCUUCUUUUUCCUCUUCCUUACUGGAGUUUUACUUGGUGCUUUCUCUUGUUUUGCACUGACGGUCUGAGUUCUGUGAAUAAAGUAAAUUAACAGC